AUGAAACUGCUUAUCGUAUUGGAAAAGGGAAUUUAUUAUAAUAAAGUAUCUUAUAAUAGAACAUAUUUUACAUUUUAUGAUGGCAGAUGUUUCAAUCAUGAUUAAUAAGAUAAAGAUGAUAAAUAAUUAUCAUUUAAAUUCACCACAAAUGAUAUGAUAAUAAUGGAAGUUGAUAUUACAAAUAAGUAUAUUAAAUGGAUUAAGCAAUCAACAAAUGAAUCAUUCGUAAAUAUUCAACCCUAUACUAAGACACUCAACAUAGACACAUCAUAAGAUCUUUACCCAUGUGUGACUUUAGGUUAUAAGUCAAAAGUAGAAAUAUUAACAUAAUUCAACAAAUGA